AACUUAAUUGUCAAAUGAGAUGUCACGAGUGGAAUUAUCAAUUUUCGGUUUUGGAAAAAAUGUAUAAUUUACACAGAACCUUGAAGAUAAAUAACUAGAAUUAUCUAGUUUUUAAAAUGUUUAAAAAACUUUCGUAAGGGACUAAGUUAGUGACAAUGGAUGGUGGUGACAGAAUUCUUGUCGCCGCUGGUCUUACCGCGGCUGUUGUUGUGGGAGCCUUCGUAUUAUGGGGUCCAGGAGGAGCUCCACGAGUUCGGAAGCGUCGAGGUCAGAUAGCAGGGCUUCAGAAUUUAGGAAGGACAUGCUUUCUCAAUACGUUACUUCAGGCUCUCGCGGCUUGUCCCACUUUUAUUGAAUGGCUUAAAAAGUACGCGAAGGCCAAUGGACAUAAUAGUAUGAUCACAACUCUGUACACCGUCAUCGAAGUUGUAAAUGGGACACAUGAGUCUGCUCGAGGUACACCUGUGUGUCCACUGGGUGUUCUCCAAGCUCUGCGAGCAGCUGGUUGGGUUGUGCCUGCUGAUCAGCAGGAUGCACAUGAAUUACUACAUGUGUUAUUGUCUUGUAUCGAGGAAGAAACUACAGUUAUGUCUAAAAAGCCUGGCUGUCUAUCAGAUGCUCUGGGCCUCGGCGGUGGCCGUGCCUGGUCUGCGUUGGCGUCUCCCGCUUCCCCGCCCGCAGCUCCUCUGUCGAUGCGAGACGAUGGAAUGUCGCGACCAGCUCGACCCGCAUCAGCCGCGCCGCCGGGAGAACCGGAGUUAGUCGAUCCAGACGAGGCGCCGUCCCCGCUGCGGCUGUCGAAGGGCGUGUCGCGCUCGUUCUGCCACCUCAGCUCGGUGGGGCGCCGCUGGGCCGCCGCCCCCGCGCGCCCCGCGCCCGCGCCGCCCACGCGCGGCACGCUGGCGCAGCGCACGCACUGCACCGUGUGCUCCACCAAGAGUCCCGUGCGAUACGACAAGUUCGACAGCAUUACGUUGUCGAUGGCGAACGCUAGCACCGGCCUCUCCGGCACGUACAGUCUGUCUGGUCUGCUGCGCGCUUUCACCGCCCCCGAGCUGGUGAAGGGUCUGCGCUGCUCCAAGUGCUGUCCCGAGGAGAGCUCGGCGGUGCCGCAGCACGCGCAAACCAAACACAUCCGAACCGUCACUUUUGGGAAGCUGCCGGCGUGCCUGGUGCUGCAGGUGGCGCGCGUGGAGUGGCGCGGCGGGGGGCCCAGCAAGCGCGCCGAGCACGUGGCCUUCCCCGAGACGCUGUGCAUGGCGCCCUACGCGUCGCGCCCGCGCGAGGCCCCCGCGGCGGGCCUGGCCGCGUUCGGCGUGCCGGCGGCGGCCCCCCCGGGCGACGAGCGCGCCGCCUACCGGCUGGUGGCGGUGGUGGUGCACGUGGGCGGGCCGCGCUCGGGGCACUUCGCCACGUACCGGCGCGGGAACGGCUUCGAGAGCAAGCGCUGGUGGUACACGUCGGACACGCUGGUGCACGAGGUGUCGCUGCAGGAGGUGCUCCGCUGCGCCGCCUACCUGCUGUUCUACGAGCGCGCCCCGCCCCCCCCGCCGCUCACCACGCACUUCUGAGCCGACGCCGGCUGCUCUCCUCUGCGGCGCUCGAGAUGAACAUGCCGAAUGCUCUGUCACUUUAUUUACUGCGGAGUGAGACUCCUUAUAGCGAGCCUCCGCUCUCCGCGGCGGCCUGCGGGUCGUCGUAUGAGUGAAUCGGCCGAUAGCUGCGGUGCGAUCGGUACAUAUGCGAAGGCUAUAUUUAAAUGUGAUCAUUAUGAACUUAAAUAUGUAUGUAUCCUUUUUGAAAUAUUUAAAUUGGCUGUGUAUUAAAUCGAAAUUUUAUAAAUGUAAAUAGAAAUUUCUAAAUAGUUGCUAAUCUUUGUCCAAAUUGAUUGAUUUACUUUUCUCCGGAAUCGGCACAAAAUCUAUAAUAACAUUGAACAAUAUUCUUAAAAAAUAUUCUUAAUAGGAUUUCUCGUUGAUGUUUAUCAUUAUAUGUGAAAUUUAAACCAAAAACCGAAGCAGCAGUAUAUAUUCUUACAUAUUUAUAGGCAUAUGAAUUCAAUGGAAAUAUGAAUUUCCUAAACGUUUCGGGAGAAAUCCUACCCACGUAGAUAUCAAAGUUAUUAAUAAUAUUGCCGCGUUGGUAGAUGCAAAUUGUAGUUACAAAAAAAGUUACCGAUAAUUACCCAGAGCUUUGAUAUUAGAUUAGAAGGGUUGCUACAAGGCUGCGGAGUUACGUAAACUCCUUUCUACCUAAAUGGAUUCGUAAUUUCUCAUUUUCCUGUAACAUUACAAGAAUAUGAAAUCCACGCUUUAGCAUGUAAAAGUAUGACUUACUAAAACCUUCUCUGAAACGCACUGCAUUUUCUCGUAUAAGUUUUACGUGUAUUGGCUUAGAUGUUCAACUUUUUCUUUUUAAAUAUAUUGCCUUACCAAAUAUACAAUAUAUAACUCAGACAUAACGGUGGUGACUGAGAAUUAGGAAUAAUCUUUAAAUUAAUUUGACAAGGGUAAAAGUGUUGCUGUCUUUGUCUGUUUCGUUGAGUUAUAGGAUUAUUUUGACAAGUCUUCUAUUGACUUCACUUCAAGCCAAACAAAAUCUAUAGCCCAUUCCAAUCGAAGUAGGAAUAAAGAUAAACAAACCUUAGAUUUACGUAUUCCAUGCGAUUUGCUAAUAACUGACCUAUAUUGUGCAC